AUGGCUCAAAUCAAUUUCUUAUCGCUUUUCUUUCUAACAUUCAAUGUCAUUGCAAUGGCCAAGACGACUCCUUUGUCAUCAUCCUCUACCACCACCACCACCAACAUCAACAAAACCUACAACAAUUUUAUCAAAACAUCAUGUAACAACACCACUUACCCAACAGUUUGCUUAACCUCCCUCCUCCCUUACGCAACGGUGGUCAAAUUAAACCGCCUUCGACUAGUCAAAAAGUCCCUCUCCGUCACCCUCAAGUACGCCUCGGCCACACAGUCCACCAUCUCCAAUCUAGCCAAGGCCAAGAACAUUUCCAAAGGUAAUGCUGCCGUCCUCAAAGACUGCAUCGAAGAUAUCCAGGAUUCCAUUGGUGAAAUCAAAGACUCACUCAACGCGCUCUCCAACCUUAAAUCGUCUAAAAAUAAGAAGUUCGUGAUUUCUAACGCGCAAACUUGGACUAGUGCGGCCAUCACCGACGAGUACUCCUGCACCGAUGGGAUUUCUGAUGAAGAUGUUAGUCCAGCUGUAAAGAAGAAAAUCAGGAAUGGCAUACUGAGGAUUGCAAGGAUGAGCAGCAAUGCUUUAUAUCUACUUAAUCACCUCAAAUAUUGA